UCGCUUCUUUACUUCCAUCGAUAAGCCAUCUGCCAGCAGAUUAGAACGCCUGGAACGUGGGCCAUAGACGCGCAUAAUGCAUGGUGCAUGCAUGUUUACAGCCUGACGCCAGUAUCCGAGUCUGCCGGCAUCCUCGCAUAUAUAUUGUGCUCCAGGAUCCAUCAUGAUGGUAUUCCCUCUUCUAAGGAGCCCUUCUCGAUCUUCGUGAUACGACCUUGUAACGACAGUCAACGAUGCGUGCCUCUGCAAUUUGCCUCGUAGUCUUAUCAAUGGCUGCUAGCCAUGUCUCAUCUCAUCCAAGCGCUUCUGAUCUGACCCAGUCUUUCCGGGCGCUGUCGAGCCUGUCAUACAAAAGACAAAGCAACUCCGUUCCUUCACAGUGCGCCUCAGCCUGCGAUCCUGUCCAAAAUGAAGAGAACGCUGGAUACCCUAAGACCACAUGUUGCACCCGGUCCUUUGAAAAAAGCUACUACGACUGCCUCUUAUGCGUCGGCACUGCAGUGGAUGUUACAGAUUACACACAGGCACAAGCCGAUCUAGACCAACUCUACGUCUCUUGCUACGAUCACGGCUAUUCACUCGAAGGACGAACUCUCCCUGGUCAAGACUUAUCCCUCGCUCGCACAACUUCUUCCCGUGCUACUACUAGUAAAACUGAUACCGUUGCUGAUACUUCAACUACGUCCGUAUCGGUACUUACAUCAGCGUCGGCAACUACGUCCACUUCAGAGACCACUACACUAUCUUCAGGUGCUUCGUCCACUUCCUCUGAGACGUCGACCUCUGCCAACAGUACUGCGACUUCGUCCUCGUCCACGCCUGACACCGGGUCAAGUGCUGCGCUGGGGCUAAGCGUAGGAGGAAACGGAGUAUGGGUUUUGGUUUCUGCUGCUAUAGGAUUAAUCGUGUUGUGGAAUAACUGAUUGGGAAAAUUACUGGAUAAUUUUUUGGUGAUUCAUAUAUU